GAACGACCCCGGCCACCGGCAGGCAGUCCGACGACUACGGCGACCGCACAACCCUAUGAAUAUAACAAAUCGCGCGCGCACGCAUCGUUUUCGAAUUUCAAACAGCUCUAUUUCCGGGGUCCCGUGGAUUAAUCGAAAUUCUAAAUUUCAUCUUGCCAUCGCGGGACAUUCGACUCCGUCCGUCACAUCUCGUACCUAUACGCACCGAGUACGAUGAUCCACAUAAUAUUAUAAUAUUAACAUUAUACGCCCGCACUCGGUACUAUAAUAAUAUACCGGUAGUUACCGGGUAUAUAUCGUACGAUACGGCUUAUACCUUAUAGUUCGUGGUAAUACGCCUAUAAUAUAGGUACCUAACGUCCGAAAAGUUUUUAGCACAUCACGCAAGCACGCGUGCACGCGAACACCCGCACAAACAUGGAUAUAUUUAUGUAGAUACUUACAGUAAAUACAUAUAUUAUAUACCUACAAGUGCACACACCUAUUAUACCGGAUACCGGGUCACGUACGGUCGUCGUUUCGUCACUCGGCACGCGUAGGUUACGCGCACGUGAUCGCCGCACGUUCUCCGACCCGCACCGGCGGUUAUGCGCGGAAUACGCCCGGGAUAAUAUAAUAUAGGUGUAUUAAUUAUUCGUAAAGGUAUAAACCUUAUACCUGAACCUAAACACUACCCGUAGUGUCACACUGCAUAUAGACCGCUGUAGUUUUUGCAAUAUUGUUCAUCCGCAGUAACUUUGUACAUACCAAACUACACACCGCUCGUCAUUAUGUCGUCGUCACAUACAUUCGGUGCACUUUUACCAUUCGUCAUCUAGAAGUCACGCGACGAGUGCGAAUUCAAGCCACUGACGAAACAUAGAGGGCGGCAUAGGUGAACGAGAGGGUCGAUCGAGUACGAUGUCAUUCGAAUUUUGAUACAGCCAAGACUUAGAGGAGACAUCGCCGCUGUGAGCAAGAGGGUGAAUCGCAGCAUCAACCGACAAACGGUCACAGAUUUCUGCACGAAGCCAAUGUAAACGCCUAAUCGUGGACUCCCAACUUCAAUCGAGUUAUUUUUCAAACAGGUUGCACUGUUUCUUGCCUGCUAUCACUCUGGCCAGCGUCCAAGGGUGCCCGACCCCGACAGCCGGACCCGGGCUGAGUUGGUGGACGAUGAUGAACGGCGGCCUGUACGAGGACAGCCCGCCGGCACCACCACCUCCGUCGUCCGUGUCGCUGCAGCCGUCGUCGGUGGACAUCACGCGCGCAGCGCCGGCGGCCGUCAUUAAGACGUCGCCGUCGUCCACGCCGAUCACGUCGUCCAUCACGCCACCACCGCAGCAACAGCAACAGCAGCCACCACCGCUGUUGCACAUACCGGCCAAGCGGUUGCAGUCUCAUUCCAUUGGCAGCGGUGGCGGCGGCGGCGGUGGUGGGUACGAGUGCAUGGACACCGCCGCCGGUUCGGCAGGCGUCAUCAGACAUUCGCACCACCAGUGGAACGCGUACUCGCCCGCCGUCGUCGACCACGCCGCGUUCGACCAGUACGCCGCGCCGCCUCAUCACCACCACCACCACCAUCAGCCGGCCGCGCCGACCUACUACAACCUGGCCGCGGACGCUGGCAGUGGCCACCAUCACCACCAUCACCACCACCGGACGUCCAUGGACGGUGGCGGUGGCGGCGGCCGCAAACCACCUACUGGCCUGCCGUUCUGGUCACCGGCAGCCACAGACUAUUGUGGCGGUGGCCUCGGCGGCGGCGGUGGCGGUGGCGGCCUGUCCAGUAAAUACACCAACGGCGGCGUGACGCCGUGUAGCAGUUCCGCCGGACCACCGUCCGCCGCCGACCACCAUCACCAGUUCUCGCAGUCCUGGUGCACCAACUACUCGCCGUACACCACCACCACGUCGUCUUCAUCGUCGUCGUCUGUGGCCGCGGCAGCCGCGGCCGCAGCCGCAGCCGCUGCCUCGGCGUCCAGGCACCCGUCCGGCGGCGGUCCGGCCGACACGCCGCAACCGACUUACCUGCAGUCUGGCAGCCCCGGCGACGACCGAGGCGGCAACAACUCGUCGCGCAUGACGUCCGGCUCGGCUGACGGUUCUGCCGCCGGCCCGUUCGGCCACGAUAACGCGUACCAACCACCGCCGCCGCCGCCUCCAACGUCGUUGCCGCUCAGGAACUACGGGAGCUCGCACGAUCCCGUCACGUCGACGCCUUACCCGCCAACAGGUUCGUUGUCGAGCAUUGGUAUGGGCGUCGGAACUAACCCGCUGGAGUGGACGGGUCAGGUGACCGUGCGCAAGAAGAGAAAACCGUACUCGAAGUUCCAAACGCUGGAGCUGGAGAAGGAGUUUCUGUUCAACGCGUACGUGUCCAAGCAGAAGCGCUGGGAGCUGGCCAGGAACCUGGCGCUGUCCGAACGCCAGGUGAAAAUAUGGUUCCAGAACAGGCGCAUGAAAAACAAGAAGAACAGCCAGCGGCAGGCCGUGCAACAGCAACAGCAGCAGCAACAACAACAACAGCAGCAGUCCAACAACAACAACAACAACAGCAACGGCAGCGCCAACGCCAAUCACCAGCAUCACAUGCAGGUGAUCGGCGGCCACCACGGCAACGGGCCCAUCAAACAUCAUCAGUGACCGUCGCACUACUCUGGAGCCGCCGCCGCCGCUACUGCCGCCGCCGCUUCCCACCCACCGAUGCACAUGCACCACAUUCAUCAUCAACUACAGCCGAUGCCCCCGCCGCACCACCUACACCAUCAUUACCCGAUGCAAUCCGUCUGAGUACUUAGGGCGUAAGUCCGAGUGCGACGUAAGUCUUGACCUAUUUCACAUAACACAAUAGUAAUAACACAUUCGCGGAGAAGGGACCGAUCGCUUUUUCGUUUUGGUCGUAUAUAACGUGAUCGAUAAUUUUUUUUGUUUUCCGUCAAUUUUCGUCCCCAAACAAAACAUGUCUAUCAUAAUAUAAUAUUUACGGAUGGCCGGAAAUCUUCCUGUACGAUGUCACAGUAGUUAAGUAGGUCCCUAUAACGUCAAUCGAUGAGUUUCCGAAACAGAUCUCGACACGGUAUUAUGACGAGGUCGUGGCAAGGGCUUCUCUCCCGUCGCCGCCGUUCCCACGAACAAGUCUCUGCACGCCAUGGGUCCGUUUACUGCAGUGAAACUCGUACCCCUCGGCUAUUCGUAUAUAUAUAUAUAUAUAGAUAUUGCAUUUUAUAUUCAUAGUUCUUCCAUAAACCGGACGAGCUCCGUCUCAUAUCCCGAAUCUCGCUCAAAAACAAUUUUAUAUAUUUAGGUAGUCAAUCUGUGCAAACUGUCGUAAAUCGACCAGAAAACUAAAACUCAUCAUUAUAAAACAAAAUAUGAUAUACAUACUUAUAAUGAUAUAGGUAUGACAUUCAGAAACGGUGGGGUAAAUGUGGUACGUAGGUAGGUAUACACAUAUUUUAAUCGUAUACGGUUAAUAAUAUUAUUGUGUAUUGUUUUAGCAUAUUUUUAGGUGUACUUGUAUUUAAAAAAAUAAA